AUUUCUUAUGUUUCUUACGUGAUUAUCAGGAACCGGUUGUUGAACAAACCAGUGAUGAAGUCAAGAAGGCACAGAAAGCUUUGGCUGAAAUGACCGACAAGGUUAACAUGUUAGAGUCAGACCUAGCUGUGUCUGAAGCAGAGAAUGAUGAUAUGGUGCGGCAACUGGAGGAAAGCAAAGGGUUGUACCUGAUCUUGGAGAAGAAAUAUCACAUUACCAAGAAUAAGCUGAAGGAACUGGAAGACAGGGAACAAGUAAAUGCUGUAGCUGCUGAGAGAUACGCUGUUGAUAUUAAGUUAUUGCAAGAUAAGGUCAAAGAGCUGGAAAAAAAACUUCAACAAGCAACUUCAGAGAAAGAAUCAAAACAGAAGGAAGAGCACAUCUCAACCAUUGUAUUUAGGAAAGAGGAACAAAAAACAUUGUCAGCUGGUAAAGAGAGAGAAGAAGUCCAAGAGCAAGUAAUUGAGAAUGGACUCGUAUCUGAAGUGGAGAAAGCACUAUCAAAUUUCCAACUUACUUGGGAUUCACAAAGAAAAGAAGAUGCAAUAGAGCCUGUAACAGAGAGCAAGUCUCAGGAUGGUGUGGAUCUUAACUGUGUCCCAGAGACUAAGACACUUAGCAAUGAUUAUCUUCUGGAAAAGAAAAGACUCGCUGAAGCACAGCAAAAGAAACAUAAGCCAACUCGUGCAAGCUGGGCAAAAUCUCUGGAUGAUGACAAUGAUGUAAGAUGCAUGACUGUUGGAAUUAAGUCACUAGUUUAUAUAAUGAAUGUGGAGCUUGAUUCUCUUNACCAAGCAUUAAAUAAUAAUGCACAAAUGGUCAAUUUCCUUUUUAUAUAA